GCUCCCGACUACUCCCGCGAGGUGGGCGGGGACGGGGCGGGCCCUCCUCCCGCCCGGCGAGGGAUGCGAUUGGCGGAAGGCGGUCAUACGUCACGUGGCGCGCGCAUGGAGCGGCGAGCGGCCGCCAAUCGGAGCGCUGGGCGGUGGCGCGGGCGGGGCUCCGGUGCUGCCGCGGGAGCGCCUCGGGUAACGAGCGGGGACUCGUCCUGGGCCUGGCGGGCGCGGUUCGAGCCGGCCGGGAGGAUGAGCCGGUUCCUGAACGUGCUGCGCAGCUGGCUGGUGAUGGUGUCGGUCAUCGCCGCCGGGAAUACUCUGCAGAGCUUCCGCGAUCACGGCUUCCUCUCAGAGAAGCUGUAUACCGCCAGCCCCGGCCUCGUGAACGGGCUCCAGGCUCGCACCUUCGGCGUCUGGACGCUGCUGUCAUCAGUGAUCCGCUGCCUCUGCGCAAUCGACAUCCGUAACAGGACCCUCUAUCACAUCACGCUCUUUACCUUCUUUUUGGCCCUCGCUCACUUCCUUUCUGAGGUCUUCAUAUACCACACUGCAGCCUUGACAAUUGGAGUUAUGGCACCCCUCAUGGUAGCAAGUUUCUCCAUUUUGGGGAUGUUGAUUGGGCUGCAGUACCUGGAGGUAGAAGCACUUUCACAAAACAAGAAGAAAAACUGAAGCUGAGGGCUUUUCGUAGGUCGGUGUCAUCUUCUACCUUCACUGCCAGACUUCCACAAAAGCUCAGCUGAACUUCUCCAGGACAUCAGUCCCACUGGUGGGUCAAUGUUGGACUCUGUCAAUCACUGUCAUUACCAAGUUGUUUUUGUCUUGUCCAGGCAACAUUUCAACUGACUGAUGUCAAAGUCCCAGAGGAGUUUGUGUCAAAGCUUCUGGGAGGCAGUUGGUGACUGCAGGCAAAGCCCCUGGCAUGAAGGAGCUCUAAGGACUUCUCUCCCGGUGUACUUGUGGGGACAAGGUGCAGAACUAUCCAGGAUUUGCUGAACACUUCGGACCAGAAAGAGAGAAUGGGUGCUACCCCUGGCACUGCUGUGUAACUUGCAUGUGUGUGUUCUCCAGGGGCCAUUUCUAAUAAAUGACAAAAUCUGCA